AUGGUUACAGAUACAUCCAAUGAGACUCUGCUCCACUGCCUCCAACUCUCAGCCCCUGGACCCCACGUUUUCCUGCUGGUAAUCCCUGUGGGCAGAUUCACCCAAGAGGAGAGAGACACUGGGAAGAAGCUGUACAUGUUCUCUAUUGUCCUCUUCACAUUUAAAGACAGGUUAAAAAACACCUUCAUUGAGAAAUUUAUCAUCUCGGCUGGUGACAAUCUUCAGCAGCUAGUUCAGAAGUGUGGAGGCAGGUACCAUGCAUUCAACAAUGAAAAUCCCGGUAAUGAAGAUCAGGUGGGGCCACUCUUAGUGCAGAUAGAUAAGCUGGUAGCUGCCAAUGGAGGAAUCUGGUACACCCAGGUAAAUGAUACAGAAGAAUUUGAAGGAAGAUUGGAUCAACAACAUUUAGGAGACAGAAAGAAUUAUGAAGCUACAUUCAAAGUCCAUGAGAUGAAGCUGGGAGUAAACAAAGGGGAAAGAAGGAAAGACUCUGAGAACAUGGUGUUUGAAGAAAAUCUGAGGAGAAGGGAAGAAUGGAUCUGGAGGCAGGAAGAACAGCUUUGGAAAUGGGAGGAACGACUAAGGGCAGAAGCAGAGAGGAAAGACAUGCAGACAAAAUGA